AAGUUCUACUCUGUCGGAACGGGUAAUUUUUAAAACAUGAAAGGUUUUCAGAUAAUCGGAUUACUUGGAUUGUUUGCACUCCUUGUAAGUGGAUCGACCUCGUCUGGAGAAGAUACCAACAUCAAACUAACAACAGACGAAUCUACUACUGUGGAGGAUACCACGGAGGUUUUAGUCACAACACUACCACCUCCAGUCCUGUGUGCUGAUGAAGAUCUGUUUCUCCCAGCACCCGACUGCAGAGAGUAUUAUCAAUGCCUGUACGGUGAGGGAAUUUUAAAGAUAUGUCCAGACGGCCUCUAUUGGGAUCGGGAGCUGAAUGUUUGCGCCUGGGACUCACAGCAUUGUGCUGAUGACAAGAACGAGACCACCACACCAUCGACCUUGAAUUGCGCAUCCGGGUUACCAUUUUUGCCCUAUAUACCGGACUGCACUAAGUUUAUCCAGUGCGUCUACAAUAUUGGCUUUAAACUAAGCUGCCCGAGUGGUUUGUAUUGGAACCAACCUCUUCAAUCGUGUGACUAUACCUGCGAUAAUGCGAUUGAGUUCUCUGGCGCACACCAAGUGCAAUAACCGCAAAUUUAAGAGGUAGUAUUUUGUAACACCCAAAAAUGUACAUUAAUACCAAGCAAAAUAAAGAAAUAGCAAUAC